AUGUAUAUCAAGCAGAUCAUCAUUCAAGGCUUCAAGUCUUACAAGGACCAAACGGUGAUCGAGCCAUUCUCUCCCAAGCACAAUGUCAUCGUCGGGCGCAAUGGCUCUGGCAAGAGUAACUUCUUCGCCGCAAUUCGAUUCGUGCUCAGCGACAAGUACACGCAACUUGGUCGCGAGGAGCGACAAGGACUGCUCCACGAAGGCACCGGCUCAGCCGUGAUGAGUGCUUACGUCGAACUCAUCUUUGACAAUAGCGAUGAGCGAUUUCCAACAAACACCCCCGAAGUCAUCUUGCGUCGAACGAUUGGGCAAAAGAAGGACGAGUACAGCUUGAACCGCAAGAACACCACCAAGCAGGAAGUGCUCAGCCUGCUCGAGAGUGCCGGCUUCAGUCGCAGUAAUCCGUACUAUAUUGUGCCUCAAGGCAGAGUAACGGCGAUCACCAACAUGAAAGAUCAGGAGCGACUCAAUAUGCUGAAAGAAGUGGCGGGUACUGGUGUCUACGAGAGCAGAAGAGCAGAGUCAUUCAAGAUCAUGGAAGAGACCAAGCAGAAGCGGGCCAAGAUCGACGAUUUGCUUGAGCACAUUCGUGGCAGACUAGGAGAGCUUGAGGAAGAAAAGGAAGAGCUGCGUCAGUUUCAGGAAAAGGACCGCGAGCGAAGGUGUCUUGAGUACACGAUUCACCACAAGGAGCAAGAGCGACUGGAAGAACAAAUCGCACGAAUCGACGACGAUCGCGAUGGCGGAAUGGAGCAGAACGAGGAGAACCGCGACAACCUGAAAGCCGCUGAACAACAGAUGGACGCGAUUGAGGCCGAAAUCACCAGUCUCCAGGGCAAGAUGAAGCUACUGGCGCAGGAGCAAUUACAAUACAAGGAGGAGCGUGUCGACAUAUCGCGAAGCAAGGCACAGAUCGAAUCAGAGGUACAAGCUAUGCAAGACAAUCAAGCAACGGCUCAGCAGGCGCAGGAUCAACGUGCGAAUGAGCUGCGUAAUGUGCAGAAACAGAUCAAGAAGCAUGAAUCCGAACUUGCUCAAUUAUUGCCGCAGUAUCAAGCGAAGAAAGAUGAAAACAAAGCUAUCCAGCAGCAAAUCAACGAUGCCAAUGCCACGAUCCAACGUCUGUAUGCUAAACAAGGACGCCCCAACCAAUUCCGCACCAAGAAAGAGCGCGACGAUUGGAUGAAGCAGGAAAUCGCCUCGAUCAAUGAAAGUCUUGCCACAAGAAAAGCUAUCCGCAUGCAGACUGAAGAAGAUAUUAGCGAGUUCGAGUCGCAGAUCUCACAAUUGGAAGCUGAUAUUGGUGAACUGCGACAUCGGAUCGAAAACCGUGGCGACGAGCAACAAAACAUUUCCUCAGAGGUUCAACAGGCGAAGGACGCAGCGGAGCAGCUCCAGGAUCAACGUCGGGAGCUGUGGCGAGAGGAGGCGAAGCUCGGCACUGUCAUUGACAACGCACAAGCGGAAUACGAUAAGGCCGAGAGGGACUUGGGUGGCAUAAUGGACAGCAAUACCGCUCGUGGACUCGCAUCAGUUCGGCGUAUCGUCGCGAAGCAAGAGAUAGAGGGCGCCUAUGGUCCCCUCGGAGAACUUUUCGAUUGCAACCCAAAGUACAAGACCGCAGUGGAGGUCACAGCAGGCGCUUCGUUAUUUCACUAUGUCGUCGACACUGACGAGACUGCCGAAAAACUCAUCAAAGUCCUACAGCACGAGAAAGGUGGACGAGUGACCUUCACUCCGCUAAACCGGAUCAAAGCACGGCCAGCCGAUGUUCCGAAGGCCAGCGAUGCGGUCCCAUUGAUCAGCAAGCUGAAAUACAAUUUGGAAUUUGAGAGUGCCAUGCAGCAAGUCUUUGGCAAGACUAUUGUCUGCCCGAACCUGCAGGUCGCAGCUCAAUAUGCUCGCAGUCACUCUGUCAGUGCUAUUACCCCUGAUGGAGAUCGAUCGGACAAGAAGGGUGCGCUCACAGGCGGAUACUAUGACACGAAACGCUCGCGCAUUGACUGCAUGAAGCGUCUCGUGACCGCGAGAGCAGAGCUCGAGCGUGUUAGUGGUCGGAAAGAUGAGAUUCGACAAGAGCUCGAGAAGCUUGACCAGAAAGUCACCAAAGCAAGAACUAACUAUCAGAAGAUCGAGCAAAAGCGAGAGCAGCUUGAAGGUGGCUACGGUCCGCUUCGGGAUGAGCUACGACGUAAGGAGCAAGACCUGAACAAGCGACGUGACGAACUUGAAAGCAAGCAACGCUCAUUGGAGAAUCUCGACUCUUUAUUGGGUGCUCUCAGCACUCAGCUCAGCAGCUAUCAGUCCGAGUUGCAGGCAGACUUUAAGAAAGCACUGAGCAACCAAGAGGAGCAGGAGUUGAAUGCAGCGAACGGCCAGCUACCAGAUCUGAGGAAGCAAUAUGCGGAGCUUGGCCGGGAAUUGUCAGACUUGGAGGUUCAGAAGCGGAGUCUUGAGGAUAUCCUGAAUGUUAACCUUCGACCUCGCCUCUACGAACUACAAGGCGCAGAACUGGAUGCCAAUGCCGAUAGUACCGGCAAGGUCAAUGCCAGGCUGACAGACCGAAGCAACGAUCUCAAGCGCGCCACUAAGACGCUGAACAGUAUCGACAAGAGGCUGCAAGAGAUUGAGGGCUCGAUUGAGAGUGCACAGGAAGAACUGCAAAGCCUAGAGACGAAGCGCACCGAGCAGCGAGCGGAACUAGAGAAGCUUGAGCAAGCCAUUCGUCGUCACCAAAACAGAAUCGAAAAGGGUGCGGAGAGGCGGGGACAAUUCCAAUCGCUGCUGAACCAGGAGCUUGCAACCAUCCGCAAUUUGGGCGUGCUGCCGGAGGCUGCGUUCACGCCGCAAUAUGCGAACCUCAGCUCUGACAAUGCCACCAAGCGCCUGCGCAAAACACAAGAAGCUCUCAAGAAGUACGGCCAUGUCAACAAGAAAGCCUUCGAGCAGUUUGCACAAUUUGAGCGUCAACGUGAGGAGCUCGAGAAGCGUCGUCGCGACCUAGAUAACAGUGACAACUCCAUCAAGGAGCUCAUUGAAGUCCUUGACCAGCGCAAAGAUGAGGCCAUCGAACGAACUUUCCGACAGGUCAGCAAGGAGUUCCACACUAUCUUCGAAAAGCUCGUGCCAGCUGGUAUGGGAAGGUUGAUCAUACAGCGUCGCAGCGAUCGCCAAGCAAAUGGAGGUGCAGAAGACGACAGUGACGAUGAAGGGCGCGAGAAGGACAGCGUGGAGAACUACAUCGGCAUUGGUAUUUCCGUCUCUUUCAACUCCAAACACGACGAGCAGCAACGUAUCCAACAACUAUCGGGUGGACAAAAGUCGCUGUGUGCUCUGGCGCUCGUGUUUGCCAUUCAGGCUUCAGAUCCUGCACCUUUCUAUCUCUUCGACGAGAUCGAUGCCAAUCUGGACGCACAGUACCGCACGGCUGUGGCUCAGCUUCUGCAAGAAUCAAGCCAGACUGGGCAGUUCAUCUGCACUACGUUCAGGCCGGAGAUGCUGCACGUUGCCGAGAAGUGCUACGGUGUCAGUUAUCUGAACAAAGCCAGUAGUAUCGAUGUCGUUUCAAAAGAACAGGCGUUGGACUUUGUCGAGGGACAAAUCAGUGGGAAGUAGACAUGCUCGCGGUGAGCGAAAGGGCGAAUCUCUUUUGCGAACAAUGCUUCGUUGUGGAUGGAGAGGUCAGAUGCGCUUUCUGUGCGUGAUGUAAACGGAUGCCUUGGGCAGGAACGUCGAUACCCGUAUGUAUUAUGUCGAAAUGCUACGCAAUAAUGCAAUGAUCUG